CUGGCGCCCGGCACGGGCCGCGCUCCCUCGCAGCGGCGGGGCCCGCAGGCGGCCAUGGCGGCGGGCGCCGGGGGCAGGCCGGCGCCGCGCUGGCUGAAGGCGCUGGCCGAGCCGCUGAGCGCGGCGCAGCUGCGGCGGCUGGAGGAGCACCGCUACAGCGCGGCGGGCGUCUCGCUGCUGGAGCCGCCGCUGCAGAUCUACUGGACCUGGCUGCUCCAGUGGAUCCCGCUGUGGAUGGCCCCCAACUCCAUCACCCUCCUGGGCCUGGCCAUCAACCUGCUAACCACCCUCCUGCUCAUCUCCUACUGCCCCACGGCCACCGAGGAGGCACCAUACUGGACAUACCUUUUAUGUGCACUGGGACUCUUUAUCUACCAGUCACUGGAUGCUAUUGAUGGGAAACAAGCCAGAAGAACAAAUUCUUGUUCCCCUUUAGGGGAACUUUUUGACCAUGGUUGUGACUCUCUUUCCACAGUAUUUAUGGCAGUUGGAGCUUCAAUUGCAGUGCGCUUAGGAACUCAUCCUGACUGGUUGUUUUUCUGCUCUUUUAUUGGGAUGUUCAUGUUUUAUUGUGCUCAUUGGCAGACUUACGUUUCAGGCGUGUUGAGGUUUGGAAAAGUGGAUGUAACUGAAAUUCAGUUAGCUUUAGUGAUGGUCUUCGUGUUGUCUACAUUUGGAGGAGCAACAAUGUGGGACUAUACGAUACCCAUUCUAGAAAUAAAACUGAAGAUCUUUCCAGUUCUUGGAGUAGUAGGUGGAGCAAUAUUUUCCUGUUCAAAUUAUUUCCAUGUUAUCCUCCAUGGUGGUGUUGGGAAGAAUGGAUCCACUAUAGCAGGCACUAGUGUCUUGUCACCUGGACUCCACAUAGGAAUAAUUAUUAUAUUGGCAAUAAUGAUCUAUAAAAAGUCAGCAACUAAUGUGUUUGAAAAGCAUCCUUGUCUUUAUACCCUUAUGUUUGGAUGUGUCUUUGCUAAAAUUUCACAGAAAUUGGUGAUAGCUCACAUGACCAAAAGUGAACUGUAUCUUCAAGACACUGUCUUUUUUGGCCCAGGUCUUUUGUUUUUAGACCAGUACUUUAAUAAUUUUGUAGACGAGUAUGUUGUUCUUUGGAUAGCAAUGGUCGUUUCUUCAUUUGAUAUGAUGAUGUACUUUAGUGCUUUGUGCCUGCAAAUUUCAAGACACCUUCAUCUAAAUAUCUUCAAGACUUCAUAUCAUGAAGCACCUGAACAGGUUCAAGUUCUUCCUUCAAAGAGUCAUCAGAAUAACAUGGACUGAAGAGACUUUCGAACACUUGCCAUCUCUUGCUGCUGCUGUUACAUGAAAGGAAAUAUUAAACAUUUGUUUAAUUUUUAGAUAAGUGUUAUACAUAUUUCAGCAAAUAAAAUAUUUCAAUGCUUGCA